AGCGUAUCCCUUGUGAACAACCCUGCCCAUCAACCCCUAAACUCUGAGCGUGUCACACCCCAGUCGCACGUUCCAAGUCCAAACAUCCACUUACUCCGGUGUGACGCCACUUUUUCGUCGAUGGUGUGGAGGAAAAAUCGAAUUGAAAGAGAAGAAACCUAGUUCGGUCGUGGAAACCAGCGGUGCGAAAGGGUUCUUGAUUAAUUUCGCAAGCAUGGAAGAGGGUAAGCGGCAGUGGAUCGGAAGGCAAGAGAGGAAAUGCACUUAUUGGCCAGCGUCUGCGUACACAUAUUGAUCUGUGGCGGUGGCUGUGGAGUGUCUACGGGUGUCUACGGGUGGGACAUCUGAAACUUGUCCAAAAAUGUAUUUUUGUUUGCGGCUCGCGCGUUUUCUCCUCAUCUCUGCUGUUUUCUGCGUUGGUCUCUGCUCCGAAGAUGAGGAGAGAUUGGUGCGAGAUCUGUUCAGAGGGUACAACAAACUCAUCAGACCCGUGCAAAACAUGACGGAGAAGGUGCACGUGAAUUUCGGCCUUGCUUUCGUGCAACUGAUCAACGUGAACGAGAAGAACCAAAUUAUGAAAUCGAACGUAUGGUUGAGAUUUAUUUGGACGGAUUAUCAAUUACAAUGGGACGAAGCAGACUACGGUGGAAUUGGAGUUCUCAGGUUACCACCUGACAAAGUAUGGAAACCGGAUAUUGUACUGUUUAAUAACGCUGAUGGCAAUUACGAGGUGCGCUACAAAAGCAACGUUCUGAUCUAUCCAAAUGGUGACGUUCUCUGGGUUCCACCAGCGAUCUACCAGAGUUCCUGCACUAUCGAUGUAACUUAUUUUCCUUUCGAUCAGCAAACAUGCAUCAUGAAAUUUGGAUCGUGGACUUUCAACGGCGACCAAGUCUCUCUAGCCUUGUACAACAAUAAAAAUUUCGUCGACUUGUCCGACUACUGGAAGAGCGGUACCUGGGAUAUCAUCAACGUUCCAGCUUACCUAAACACUUACAAGGGCGAUUUUCCAACGGAGACAGACAUCACUUUCUAUAUCAUCAUCAGACGCAAAACUUUAUUUUACACGGUGAACUUGAUUCUUCCAACGGUUCUUAUCUCUUUUCUCUGCGUGCUGGUAUUCUACCUUCCAGCAGAGGCUGGCGAGAAAGUGACGCUAGGGAUCAGUAUUUUACUCUCAUUGGUCGUUUUUCUAUUAUUAGUCAGCAAGAUUCUGCCUCCGACGUCUCUGGUGCUUCCACUGAUCGCUAAGUAUCUUUUGUUUACCUUUAUCAUGAACACGGUCAGUAUUCUCGUCACCGUGAUCAUCAUCAACUGGAACUUCCGUGGACCACGAACGCACAGAAUGCCACAGCUAAUCAGAAAAAUAUUCUUAAAGUAUUUGCCAACGGUAUUAAUGAUGAGGAGACCGAAGAAAACUCGUCUAAGGUGGAUGAUGGAGAUUCCGAACGUGACGUUACCAACUUCUACCUAUUCAGGAAGCCCGACAGAGUUGCCGAAACAUUUGCCAGCCUCGUUGACCAAAUCGAAGAUGGAAGUGAUGGAACUAUCCGAUCUUCAUCAUCCGAACUGUAAGAUCAAUAGGAAGGUUCACCAUACGACUAGCAGUUCUAGUGCCGCUGGUGGUGAGGGUUUGGCAGAUAGAAGAGGAUCCGAAAGUUCAGACUCUGUGUUGCUCAGUCCGGAAGCCAGCAAGGCAACGGAGGCUGUCGAAUUUAUCGCUGAACAUUUAAGGAACGAAGAUUUAUACAUACAGACGCGAGAAGAUUGGAAGUACGUGGCGAUGGUAAUCGAUCGACUGCAGCUUUACAUUUUCUUCAUUGUGACGACUGCGGGUACCAUUGGGAUCUUGAUGGACGCCCCUCACAUUUUUGAGUACGUGGAUCAGGAUCGUAUCAUAGAGAUCUAUCGUGGAAAGUAAUUUCACGAAAUCUAGUCGAUUAAAGAAGGAAUGGCGUGUCAUUAUCGCAAUAAUUUUCAUUUUACUUCCUUCUUUCGUCAUGUUCGAUUCUCUCUUUUGUAUACUUUACGAGUAUCGUAGAUCGAAUCGAGAUCGAAACGGAAAAGAUUAAUCUCGAAGCGUGGGCGAAGAAUAGAUAUAGGAAAUUUUAAAAACGUUGCUUGGAUCGUUUUCACGUAGCAACAUAAAAGUUGCUGAUAAAGUUAUUUCCUCGUUUGCCAAAGUAUAAUAUCGUUGAUUUCUAUUUAUUUUAUAGAAGAACAAAGGUACUUCAUGAAAAGAUCACGAAUCGAUGUUAAUAUUAUGAAAGUGGAAGCAGGAACGACGCUCUCAUGGAUCUUUUAUAACGAUCAAUCCUUUCUUCAUUUUAUACCGAGGAACGAUUAUCGAGGUUUCAAAUAUUACACUCGUGAAACUAUCAAGGAACGAAGCUCAACUGCACUCGUCAUACAACUAUAUACAUAUAUUUCAUUCAUAAUACAUCAUAUACCAGAUUUUGUUUCAAUUUGUUUACUCCACGCGUUGAAUUCUGAUUUUCUUCAAGUCUUAUAUUAUUCGUCACUUGAAAUUUAUAUUUUGUACGACACACGUUAGUUCGAAACAUUUCGUUCAUUCCUCAUAUUAAUCAUUAUUGCAUCCACAAUUAUAAUUGUCUUCCUUGAAAAUCUUGGUCAUGAGUAUGCUGAAACGAGUGCGGAAUAAAUGUAAAUUGCGAAUCUAAUAUUAAAAUUAAUAUCCCAUUGACCGUGCAUCCUAGAUGAGUAAUUGGUUAGUCGGGAUUAAGAAUAAGCAUAGAGCGUAGAUAUCAAAUAAUUUUGAUAUUAAUCGUGCAAAUUACCGUUGCCAUUAUUAUAAUCUAACAGGACUCGUGUUUGAUGAUUCAUCGCGACGCAGAACAUCGAAGGGCCGUGACAACGUUUAUCAAUCGACAGAUACAUUUGAUUUUUCUACUUUAUAUUU